CGCGGCCAUUUUAGAAAAUAACAAAUCAAGGGUCGAUUUCAACGACUUCAAGCAACAACCCAGAAGAUGGAUGUUGAUCAAGUCGAUGGUAAUAAUCGGUGAUACUCACAUUUCACCCAGUAGAGUUAAUUGUUCGCUUAACUUGCAGUUGCUUUUUGUUUUUCCAAGUUGGUAAAGAUACAACGACGCAGUCCCAAGAACGCGAUUUGGAUUCAAAACUGCUGGGCGCGCGGCCUGUGCCGGUUGUGGUGGCCACUGAAAGUCACAGUUUUGAGUUGGACGAAAAAGCUUUGGAAGACAUCUUGCUUCAUGAAAGUGUCAGAGACAAAAAGGUUGCUGUAGUGUCAGUUGCGGGCGCCUUUAGGAAGGGAAAGUCCUUUUUACUGGACUUCUUUCUGCGGUACUUGGACCGAGAGGUGAAUUUUAGAAAUUGUACAUGCUUGUACGUAUUUUCCUUAUUAAAGCUUAAUAAGUGUUAAGUAUGAGCACGCUUUCUCUUAACGAUUUUACUUUAUUGCUGGUUUGCACAUGAACCUGAUAUUCUCAUGGAUAUUUUCCUUAAAAUCGGCUCUGUUUAAUGAGUUAAAUAUAAACCUAAUAAAAAUAUAAUACAUGUAAGCUCACUCCUCGAAUUUGAAUUAUUUAGAGUUGGUGGUGAAUGCUGCGUUUAUUGAUACAGGUGGAAGUUCUGGGGAAUCUGACCUCAGCGAUUGCAAAGUUUUUACCAUUCUAGCAAACUGUUUAUCCACGACUGGGAAAGAAUAUUAUUUUCUAAAAUACCGUGCAUGAAAAAAAAAAAAAAUCUCAAACUGAAAAGGUUCUAAUGCAUUUAUGCAAUCUGUGCCCUCAAAAUGUACUAUGUUCUAGCCAUUAGGGAAUGUGAAAUGUUGCACAACCGAGGUAUCUUCUUAUGCAAAUAUUUGGUUCCCUUUUUUGCUUCAAUGUUUUUUUCAUAAAGCCAUUAUGAAAAGGCAGAACAUAUGAAUUUCUUUGUACAAACUGAUAAGUGAAGAUAGCAGUCUCUUCAGUCAGACAAAAUUGAACUUUGCACUUCUAAAAAAAUAAUCAACAUUGGGUUUCUAAAAGUAAUUUUUUUCAGUUGAUAAUAAGAAUUCAGAGUUUCUUUAGUGGACGUAUGGGGGUUCUCUUCUUGUACUCUUUUUUGUUUUGUUUUUAUUUAUUCAUUUGUAUGUUUGUUUGUUCACAUUUUUGUAUUUUUUAACACUUCUUUUUUGUAAAUGGAAAUAUAUAAAAUGACUCAUAUUUUGAACUGUGGAUAAACACAGCCUGGGCUGUGCUCUAGCAGAGCCUGGUGGCCCCUGGCACCUAACUUUUGCCUUCGGGCGACUAGAAAAUCUCAGACUUUUCAUACAAAUCAUAUGCUGGGCACCCUAGAUUUUAUAGUUUCAGAGCACUGCGCUUCCUGCAAUUUUCCUUAGAGUACAGCCUUGUAACCAUAUGAAAGUGGAAAUGAUCCUCAUAGUUAAAUGAACAACCUAAGUGGUUGAAAAAAUACCUGAAAACAAUUCACGCUUCACUUAAAAUUGAACCCAGAGUCAGUACUUUGUAUAUGAUCGUUAGUUUACUUUUGAAAGGUUGUUUUCUAUUACAUAUAAAUUUUAUUAAAUGUAAAUAUCUGAUUUUAUUCAUUUAAUUAAACCAAAAGAUUUCUUAUCAGGAUUCUCAACGGAAGCUGGCACCCGGCAAUUGAUUGCCGCCUACUUUGGAAUUUGUAGCCACUUGAUUUGCAUUACGUUUGCCACAGCCGCCUACUUAAGGUUCGGCAGACGCCUACUUCAAAUCUUAUUGAGAACCCUGACUUUAUACAGCGUGCAAAAAAAGUUGUGUCCGAUGGCCCGGAGCUAGCGGAUUUUGCUAUCAGGCUAGUGAAUUCUGUUUUUAACUUGCCCGAUGGGCAAGUGAUGUCUUCUUAGGAAUUCAAAUAACAGAAGAACUGUGAAAUCGAUUCUGCUAGUCAAAAAGUUUUUGGGGCUAGUUGAAACGACAUCUGGGCUAGUAAAUGCUAGCUUCAGCUUUCCCGAAUGGCAAGCUGUAAAAAUGACUUCUUUGCACCCUGUUAAACCAUUAAUUAACUUUGCUGAUGUAACAGUUAUUAUAAUAAUUUUCUUGCUAGGGAACAUAUCCAGACUGGAUUGGUGGCGAAAAAGAAGCUCUGGAGGGUUUUUCUUGGAGAGGAGGAUCAGAGCGAGAUACAACUGGUAUACUUCUCUGGAGCAAGCCUUACAUUAAAACACUGCCCAGUGGCGAAGAGGUCAGUACAGUGAAAAAAAAAGGUGGCCAAAACGUGUCUUUUCUUUCCUAGAGCUGGCAGCUUACAGGAAUGGUUUUAUGUGAGCAAAAAGUUCAAAUGCAGUGUUUUGUCAAGUCUGUUAUAAGUAGAACUGUCUCUUCAUAACAGUGUCCAUUUAGGGGCCUUCCACUGGUUAUUAUUAUAUACAUUCUGCAACAGGACAGGUUUCCAUUUUUUUUUCCAUUCAGUAUGAUAUUCAAACUAUAGGAGGUAUGCUUUUCUUGAGUAAACUCUGUAUCACUUCUAUGCUAGUGAUUGUUAAUGAUAAGGCAGUGAUUUUAUUACAAGUCUUAGUCCAGAACCAUUGAGUCCCAGUUCAAAACACAAUAAUUCCUAAAUUGAAAAUGCUCAGGCUUUUAUGUGACACCAGACAGACAAAAGAUUCUUUUGUAAAGCACAGUGAAGACUAAAAGAAAUAUGCGUCGUUAAACAACAGCCUCAGGAACAGCCACAGAAAUCACAUGAACUGGAUAUUCUGCAAAAAUAUCUUCAGGUUGAUUGAUCAAUCCAUCUUUGCAUUUUACGGGACAUGUGCCAUUAACAUCUUUGUGUCUUUUGGGAUUUUUAUGCAUUAGGGAUGCAGGACGUAGAGGCAACAAAAUCACUGAGUAAGCAUACAGCAGGGCUUUUGAUAUUUCGCGCGGUCGCAUACCUGCGAAAUUCAGGUAUUUCCGCGAAAUCCCGCGAAAUUCCCCAAAAAACGCGAAAUACCGCAAAAUCCGCCAGAAAUAUUUCUAAAUACAUGUCGGUAAAACAUAUUUAAUACUUAUCUUGGCUAUUAGACCUGUUUUAUUCACCACAAACGUCCAAAUUUAUCUUGAAACUUCGUCACUACAAUGGGUAAACAACGUCCCAAAACUACCAGGCAUUUUUAGAUGAACGUUGCGAAAAACUGGGCACUAACAUAAUGUUGAUAGCUUUAGCAUUCGGUCAUUUCUCAAGUGUACUGUUGUUGAAAGAGUAAAUGAUUAUCCCUGUUAUAUUAACGUUAUACAACGCUGGUCACAUCGAUGCAAAAUUGAUCGAUUUUAGCGAAAUUUGCUAAAAAAUUCCAGCGAAAUCGGCUGUUUUUUACUGAUUGUUUCUUGGCGAAGUUUCCCCCCGAAAUUUCCCGUGAAAUCGGCCGAUUUUUCUAAGAAUUUGCCCCUGAAAAUCCCGCGAAAUUUUCCUUUUUUUUCCGCAAAAUAUCAGAAGCCCUGAUACAGGGUUGCCUUGAUGAUUUCAAGUUGCUGGUUGUAAGCAUUUAGUAGGUGGGGAAGUUGCAGAAGUUCAAAAGGUCAUGCUCAUAGCAGCCAGGGGAAGUCCCCAGCCCCCACCCUUAAAUGUCAGCCCUGUCAUGCUGUCUGGUAAUAAUAAUAUUAUUCUGUAAUUCAGUAUUGUGAGUUCAUACAUGCAUGUAAAAUAAGCCGAUGUGGUGUGACUCACCUGUAAAAUGGUUUACAGCACAUUAACUUGCAUGUGGCUACUCCCCUUUACUUAUUAGAGAGUUUAAGCAUGACGUUUACGGCAAAUGGGGAACAUGAGUUUGUGCCAUAUGACCAAGUUUUCCAUUUACUUAUUGCUUACUGUUGAUCAUUAUAACUACACAAAAAUUGGUAGAUUCAUGCCAAUUCUAUCCAUAAUGUUCAAUUGCUUUAAGCUGUUUUUAUGUCUCAACUUGAAUCUCACAUCUGCCAUUUACCAUAAACGCUAUGCUUAAUCUCUCUUGUUAUUAUUAUCAUUAUUAUUAUUAUUAUUUAUUUAUUUACUGAUUGUGAUGGUUUCUUCAACAGGUUGCAGUAUUGUUAAUGGACACUCAAGGUGCAUUUGACAGCUCUUCAACUGUGAAAGACUGUGCAACAAUCUUCGCACUCAGCACCAUGACUAGUUCAACACAGGUGAUGUAUACUGCGAAAUCAGUGUGAACGAGUUUCUCUUGAUAACAAGGAUAAAAUCCUAAAUCUUAAUAAUCAUUCAAGGCACAUUAUUUAAUUUUGUGAUGCUGGAGAUAGGUGCUUAAUCAAGGAUGAUUUCCUUUUUUUUUGCUCUGAGCAUUUUAAGCCAAAAGACCCACAUUGCCAUAAAGUUGUGAAAAAACAUGAGGUGACUGGAAGAGGUUUGUGCCCACAUCAAUGUCCAGUUUAAGUAUGUGGAUUUAGCAUUAAGAAAACAAUAAUUAUUUAAAACAACUUUUCUAACCUAGGGUUUCUUCUUUUUCUAUAAUAGGUUAGGUUACUAUAAAAGCUAUUCAGCCAGGGGGUGGAAGGGGGGAGGGGGGUGUUGUGCCAUCCUUUAGAGUGGGUGCUUAGUAUAAUGUUGGACUCCAGUUUACAAAUGUUGCUGUUAAUGGGUACUGCCAGCUUGCUGGCUUACAGUACCAGCCUCUGUAAAAUUGUGUUUAUUCUAACUUGAUUGCGCCUUGUCUGUAGAUCUAUAACAUAACACAGAACAUACAAGAAGAUGAUCUUCAACAUCUUCAGGUAGGCAAUAGUCAUGAAGUUGUUGAUAAAUUCACUGAGUUGAAGGUGUCUAAAACAGUUUAUUGUACACUGUAUCUUAUAUUUCUCCAGCUUUUUACAGAGUAUGGAAAACUGGCAAUGGCGGAAAGCAACAUUAAACCAUUUCAGGUAGAGUAAUGCUACAACUUUUAUUGUACUGAAGUUACUAAAAAAAGCAUUAGCAAAAAAAAUAAUAAAUAAUAAUUUUAAUAAACUAUAAGGAAUUUUAGCCACACUUACUAGCUCGAAGUUUAAGGCAUACUGGUAUACAGUCAACUCUCGCCUUUCGGACACCUCGCUAUUACAGACGGCUGCUUAAUCCCCAUAAAAAAUUAUAGACAUUUGACUCAAACAAACUUCCGCUAUUACAACUCUCGCUAAGGGUGGAUUUCCACUGUCACGUAAAUUUUUAUGUAUGCGCGCACAUAAAUUUUACAUGCAUAGAUAAAAUAGAGGCAUCUUAUGGAAGGUCACGUACACAUGCUAGGGAAAUAAGAUAAGGACAAUGAGCAUUCUGCCUUAUCAUGUGUUUCAGAGAUUGGUGUUCUUGGUGCGAGACUGGAGUUUUCCAUAUGAGGCUCCAUAUGGAUCCAUAGGAGGAAGCCAAGUUUUGGAGAAACGUCUAUGCAUGACAGAGAAACAACAUUCUGAGCUGAUGCAAGUAAGGAGGCACAUUAAGUCAUGCUUCAGUAACAUUGGAUGCUUCUUGAUGCCCCAUCCUGGACUGAAAGUUGCCACAAAUCCCACAUUUGAUGGAAGUUUAAAAGGUUUGUGGAUUAAAAGAAUGAUGUUUCUUGAUGCCAUGUUCCAAGCAUCAAGCUGUUAAAUGUAACAUUGUAGCAUUAAUUCCAUUUUGACUGAAAAGUAUUUUUCUUAAUGACUGCCGUGACUGUAGCAGGGCUAGCUCACUUGGAAAAGCUCUUGACUGCAAAAAGGGAGGUUGUUGCUUGGAUUUCCUGGAGGGGACCUCUGCUUAGUGUCUUAAAAUAACUGAGAAAUGAAGUACUGCCUUUGCCCUGCAAAUGGUUAGACCUUUACCACGUAAAAUGGCAGUCCCGUUUCCAGAAGGGGAAUUGAAAAUAGUGUCCUCAAUUUUUUAUUUGUUUACUUUAGGGGUAAAUACAUUGACACUUAAAUAAAGUGCAUUUGAAAGUUGUGCCUUAUAUGGUGGGAUUCUGAUUGUUUUAGAAAAACCCCAGGGAGAAGGUAAUUCAGGGUUCACAAAUUACAAAUUAGUCCCAUCUGCAGGGGUGGAUCCAGAAAAUUCAGAAAGGUAUGGCCAGGGCACUUGCCAGCUAUAUAGAAACUUUUUGUUUUUCUGAGUUUCAAAAAAAAGGGGUGGCCUCCACCCCCUCAGCCCACUCCUAAAUCUGCCCUCGCAUCUGCAUCUGCAGAUGUAAAUAUUGUUAUUCAGGGUUCGUAAAUGUCAUGGGAAACCUGGAAAGUCAUGGAAUUUUAACAUUUCAUUUUCCACGCCUAGAAAGUCAUGGAAUAUUAUAGUCUUAUUGAUAGAUUAGUUAUGGCCGAUGACGAGGUAAGGACAAUGUAAGAUAGAGAGAAGUGAUUGAACAGUUCGAACGGCACGCAUUUUGGUGGACACCAGAGUUUGUGUCUGUUGAACUGUUUAAGGUCCAAAAAUACCCUAAAACAAGGCAAGUCCUAAAAAAUUUUGAAAGUGACAGCUAAAUCUAAGGUCUUGGAAAACUAAAAGAGGUCAUGGAAAAAGUCAUGGAAUUUGAAGAGUUCAAAACAGUACAAACGCUGUUACUUAAUGAGCAUUUAUCUUAUUAAUUUGUCGUAACAGAUAUUGAUGAGGAGUUUAAGACACAGUUACGAGAGAUAACCCCUUCAGUUCUCUCCAUUGACAACUUAGUUGUAAAGAGUAUAAAUGGAGAAGAAGUUACUUGUAGAGGACUGGUGGAGUAUUUUAAGGUCAGUAAUAGCUGUUGAUAAUUUUUGUGACAGUUAGAGCCAUUGCUAAAUAGCAGUUAUUUGCAAAACAAUGGCUGGCACAACUUUUACCACGUUUGAGACAACCCUUUACAUGAUCAGACUAUAUUUUGAGUUAUAGUUUGAUCGCAUUAGGGAGGGGUUCGCUCAUGAGUGGUAAAUCAAAGGGGUUGAACGAGGAAUAAGUAGUACACGCUGAUUUGCUUUCCAUAACACAAUGAGAUGGUGGCCAAGGACUGUUAACUGAAAAAAUCCUACCUACUCCCCUAGCUUGUUUAGUGUUGUAAAUAAAAAUGUUACUUGUAAAUUAAAAACUGAAAAAAAGAAUAUAUAAAGGUUAUUUAUAGUAUGCUUAGCGUAACUAGCUAAUUUACAAGCACUCCACUCGUAUAAUUAGAAACAAGUAUUAUCAAACAGAACAUAACAGGAUUAAAAACUUCAACUGACAGGAGGUAACCAGUUAGCUAUAACAAGCCUGGCCGCAAGGAGUUAAACUCAGGACAACCAAGAACAAAUCCAGCUAGGGGUCUGAGUGUGACUUGAACCUGGGACCGCCAGCUAGGAUUUGACCUCGAGACGACCGGAAAUAAAUUCAGCAAGUGACUCAAACCCGGAACCGCCAGAGAUUUGCGAGUCCUUCGCGCCGGCCACUCACCCACGCUACCCGGCGAAAUUGUUUGUGCUAACUAGAAUGACUUCUUGUAAGCAUGCAAAUAAAUAGUGAAGCCAGUGCAAGUAACAAUGUGAUCAACUUCGUUUUUUUGUUUACCGAUUGUUAGCCUGUGUACUUUCACACUCCAGAUGUACACAGGCCUCCAAUCAUGGAUAAGCUCCGGUUUCUUUUUGUAACAGGCCUACAUGAAAAUUUUUCAAGGUGAAGAGCUACCUCAGCCCAAGUCUAUGUUAUUGGUAAGUAUUUUUUGCCAUUGUUGUUUUAGUAAUCCGACAUACGGCUGUCUUAUUUAUACGCUAUGCUUGAUGAGUACUUUAUCUUGUUUUUGUUUUCCAGGCGACAGCUGAAGCUAAUAACCUUGCCGCUCUGGCAAGUUCAAAGGAUUCCUACACAAAGCGGAUGGAAUUGGUGAGAUUUAACAGUCAAUUGAUUUCUUUUACUUUCUACUCAAGCGUCAAAAAAAGCUUGUAGUGAAGUCACCUUAAAGUCAUAAGUAGACGGAAAUGUUCGAUUUAAACCUGUUUUACUUCUAAUCCGCGCCAGAAAUGAAAGUAAACUCUGGUUAAGUCCGUCUGCGAAACAGCGCCAAAAUCCUUGAUUACCUCUCGGACGCAGGCUAUUUCCCUUCUCGCCCGGUGCAGACAUUGCCUUUCCACGCUUGCGCGUCUCUCAUCUUUCAAGAACGAUAGGUACGCUGUUCAAAAGAGCGUUGUUUGGCCGCCAAAGUACAUAAGUGAAACAUAGAUAAUAGAUUUGUUUCAGAACUUUUCAGUUAAAAGAACUGAAAACCUCUGCGAGAUUUGUCCGUUUUUUUUAUGUAUUCUCUCGUAUAAGAAGCGCGCGUUGCUCACCCGCUCUCUACUCCUACCCCGUGGCAUGGGCACGAGAUAUUUUUUGGCGCCAAAAUUGAAAACGGCGGCGCUAUCCACGAGGGAGGAAAACGCACGCAAUGAGAGAGGAAACUAGUUCUCCCUGCGCGUGUGCCCUCCUCUCUCGCGCGCAUCACUUACUUCGCUCCCCGUAUUCCUCGUGCGCCUGCCGCAAAGGCUAAAUCCCUCGCCCUAGGUUUUCUCGCUAUUUGUCUUGUUCCUUCAGUUUAGAGAGUCUGUGAAUAGUCCAAUUACGUGAUAAUUGUUUUUGUUUUUCAGCUUUGUGGUGGUGACACCCCAUAUUUAGCCCCUCACGAACUAGAAAAGAAGCACGCCGAAGCUAAGGAAACGUCGUUAGCCGUAUUUCAUGGAACGCGCAAGAUGGGAGGAAUUGAAUUCAGCAAAGAGUACGCCGAAAGACUACUCAAAGAAAUCGACGAGGCAUUUGAAAACUUUGAGAAGCUUAACGAUGGAAAGAACAUCUUUAAUGCCGCCCGCACACCCGCAGUCUUCUUGACGCUUGUGGUGCUGGGUUAUUUUUUGGCGACCGUGUUUGGUUCGAUUGGAAUUGUUUCUUUUGUGCGCAUGUGCAAUCUCGUGAUUUGGUCUGGACUGCUGGCCAUUGUAGUGUGGUCUUACAUCCGAUUCAGUGGAGAGUUCAGAGAGUAUGGUGCUAAACUGGAUCACUUUGCAGAGUUUGUCUGGGAUGAGGCAAGUAUCUCAUCUCUCUGA